AUGAAGGACUGGGGCAUGCUCUCGGUACCAAGAGCGCGUUUCAAUCAAACACAAUAUGAAGAGGUUAAAAGGUUUUGGUUGGAUAUAGAAAUUGAAAAAAGUGAAAUUCAAAUGAAACAAACUGAGGUGUAUAAUAAUUAUUUAUGUCAAAUUCCAAAG